CCCCGCGCGUCGUCCGCCGGCGACGCGUCUCCGAGCGUCGACUACUUCGCCACCGACAAGCGGCCGGUGAUCCUCUUCGACGGAGUCUGCAACCUGUGCAACGGCGGGGUCAACUUCGCGCUGGACAUGGAUCCCCCGGGGAAGCUAAGGUUUGCCGCGCUGCAGUCCACCGCGGGCAGGGCGCUGCUCCGUCGCGCGGGGCGGGAUCCCGACGACAUAAGCUCCAUCGUCCUCGUCGAGGAGGAUGCCGCGUUCGUCAAAUCGGACGCGGUGCUCAGGAUAGCCACGUACUUCUCGGCGAAUCCCCUGUUCCCGUUCGCGGGGACGCUCGGGCCGGUCGUUCCGACGUUCAUCAGGGACGCCUUCUACGACGCCAUCGCGGAUAACAGGUACGACCUGUUGGGGAUGAAGGACGAGUGCCGGCUG